AUGUUAACAAGGGUCUCGAGAUAUGCCGGUGGAGUCUCUGUGAGCCCGCAUUUUGUGGUGAGGAGCUACUCCAGAAUGGCUAUAAAGCCAUCAAGGAGUCCACGGUCAAGAAACCAGAAACCGAGCAAGAAACCCGGUAGCUCUGGAGAGAUCGCUCCAUACAAGUUUGGCAGUGGAUCCUCGCUUAAACUGCCUGAUGACCGCAAAAUUAAAGGUCUGACCGAGUAUAUCAACAAGGUCACAGAGUUCUACGAGCUGAAACUGUUGCCAGAUGUGAGACAGGCGCUGAUAGACGAAAUCAAGGAGAAUACAGUGCUGAAAGCUCAAAACUAUGUCAGUCCUAUCAAGCGCAAGCUCACCGACAAGGAACUGGAAGGACUUGUGAUCAGACCAACACCUAUUCAGAAAGCCGCUGUUCGAGUCAUUAAUCCAGCCCGUCCCGCAGAUAAACUUUUGCACACAUACAUCAUGGCAGCAGAGACGGGAACAGGCAAGACUUGGGCCUACUUAGCUCCGUUGCUGCACAAGCUCCGCGAACAGGAGCUUGAACAUGGACAGGAAAUGGCAAGAAAGGCGGGAAUCAAGAGCGUGAUCUUGCUCCCCACACACGAACUUGUGGAGCAAGUGUUCAACACCGUUAAUCAUACCAGCGAGACUCUUGGUACUCACGUAUUCAAAUGGGAUCUGAACUCCAACUUUAGGGAGUUCAUCGAGGAGUUCAGAAACGGAAUAGACGUGCUAGUGACGACGCCGGGAAAAUUGGCCUCGUUGGGCAAAUACGAUGAUGUUCAAAACUUGAGAUCUCUGCUUUCUCGGGUGAGGUUCUGUGUUGUUGAUGAGGCAGAUACUUUGAUGGAUGAAUCAUUUAUGCCCGACACUUAUGGCGUUUUAAAGAAAAUGCCCGGUCUGGAAGACCUUGUUUUUGCGUCUGCCACCAUUUCGUCUUCUUUGAAGACCUCUGUCAACUCAUUGUUCCCAGAUGCCACUCCUAUUAGUACGCCGUCCUUACACAAGAUCCCAAAGGCUAUCGAAGUGCGUGUUAUAGAUGCAAAGCCAAAACCGUACAACGGAUCGCGUCUCAAGGCAUUGGCGCAAGUCUUGUACGCUAUCCACUGCGACGGAACAGAGCCUGGGUUCGAGAAAAGAGUGAUUGUGUUUGUGAACGAAAAGAAACAGGUUCCAGAACUUGCUUCUCAGCUAGCCGAGAAGUACAAACAUGACGUUGUGAGCAUCAGCUCCAAUGACUCGCCAGAGGAAAGAAUGCAGAAACUGCAACCGUUCAUCGAUCCACCGAAACCGCUGGAGAACCCUACAAAAACCACUCUGAAGGUACUCAUCUGCACGGAUCUUAUGUCCAGAGGCAUCAACUUUCGUGGAGUGAGAAACGUGGUACUCUACAACAUCCCUAGCAUGACAUCAGACUUGGUCCAUCGUAUGGGCAGAACAGGAAGAAUGAACCAGUCCGGACGGGCGUUUAUCAUUUUGGAAGACAAGCGGGCCUCCAAUACUAAGGGACUCGCCAAGGUGUUGCGAAUGAACAGACGUCUUGAAUGA